AUGUGUACCGAUAUUGAUUAUUUGCCGCAGAUGUUGAUGAUAACAGAAAAAGAGUUUAUGUUAUCAGAUGAAUAUGAUCGAAGAAAUAGUUGGACACCAUCAAUAGUAUCAUCAUCUUCUUCCACAACUACAUCAACAGUAGUAACAACAAAUACAAAUCCAACAUCAUGGAUUGAAAGAAAAUUAUUUAGUCAUUUUAAACGAUUUUUUCGACGAAGUUCAUCACCUUCAAAAUCAGAUUCUUCUCAAUCCAGUCGUCGACCAUCAUCUGCAACUGAAGAAGUUAUUGCAUUACCAACUGAUGAGCAAUUGAAACAAUCAAAUGAAGAAGAAAAAGAAGAAGAAGAAAACGAAAACAAAGAUCUUAACAAUCCAUUAUCUUCUUCUUCUCCGCCGUCUUCUCCUAUUUCAGACUCAAAUCCAAUUUGUGAACAAAUUCAUUCAAUAGAAAAGAAUUCAAAUUCUACGAAUUUAUUAUAUGAUUAUGAUCAUCUUCUUGCUCGUUGUCUAGUACGGCAAGAACAAGAUCGAAUUGAAAUGAUAUCACGUUGUCAAACACCCGUUACAAUUCCACAUGCUGAUUUAAAUGUUGGUCAUUCACGUUCAAUACUUAUUAAUUGGAAAUCUUAUGUACGAUUAUUUCGUGCAUUAAAUCGUGAUGCACAAUUAUUUCAACAAUAUAUUAAUCAAUAUUAUGCUUGUAAAUCAUCAAUAAAUCAACGUGAACAAUUAACAUUUAAUGCUCGAACAACUCGAACAACUUUUGAUAAUGUAUUGAAAACAUUUCUUGAUGAAUAUGUUACUUGUCUAGCAUGUCAAAAAGCACGAACACAUUUGAUAAAAUCAAUUGGUUUAUGGCGAAUAGAGUGUCAAUUAUGUGGUAGUCAACGUUCAGUUAAACGCCUUAGAUGGAAAAGUUAA